UAUUCGUAUCGAGAUUUUUCAGUAGGAGAAGGAGGACCGGCGAUGGUGGCAACGGCGAAGAGAUGGUUGGUUUGGUCGCAGAUGGUGGCCAGCAUGUUGGCGGUGCAGGUCUUCGCCACCGGACAACAGCUGCUUUCUAAAGUCAUACUGAAUCAAGGAACCUUCAUCUUUUCAUUCAUGGCUUACCGGCAUUUGGUCGCCGCCCUCUGCGUCGCUCCUUUUGCUUUCUUCCUCGAAAGAGCUGAUUCAAAGAAGCUGGCCUGGUCGACAUGGUUCUGGCUCUUCAUCAAUGCCUUAACCGGGAUAACAAUGGCGAUGGGAUUGUUUUAUUAUGGUCUUCGAGACACAACGGCAACAUAUUCCACCAACUUCCUGAAUGUAAUUCCGAUCGUCACCUUCGUCUUCUCCAUCCUUUUACGAAUGGAGAAGCUGGGACUAGAUAGCAAAGCAGGGAAGAUUAAGACGAUGGGUGCAAUUAUAUGUGUCGGGGGAGCGCUGACGACGAGUCUUUAUAAGGGAAAAGAAUUCAACCUCAUUCAUGAUCACCGCCAUUUCCACUCACCUGCUGCCAUGGAAGUCUCGAGCUCGAACUGGACUCGAGGAAGUUUCAUGCUUGUUGGUAGCUGCUUGUGUUAUGCUAUUUGGUACAUAUUGCAGGUGAAGUUGCUCCGAGUGUUUCCGUCGAGAUACCGGGCAACGCUGAUAACAUGCAUCAUGGCGUCGGUCCAAUCGACAGCAAUCGGCCUGUGUUUAGACAGGCGAGAGGCUGCUUGGAGAUUAGAGUGGAACCUGCAACUAGUAACCAUAGUUUACUCGGGAGCACUAAGCACGGCGGCAACAUUCUGCCUACUGACAUGGGCGAUUGCAAAGCGAGGCCCUACUUAUGCCCCGAUGUUCAACCCGUUGUCCCUGAUAUUCAUCGCGGUAUCGGAAGCUCUGUUACUCGGAGAACCGAUGAGACUCGGAAUCGUGGUAGGCACGGUUAUGAUCAUAGUUGGCCUGUACUCGUUCCUGUGGGGAAGAAGGAAGGAGUCGAAAUUGUCGGGCAAGGCAAAUGCGGGAGAUGAAGCAUCACCGAAACCAGUUCCCGGAUCGGAAGAUAUGCAGUUGAAGACCUAUGAAACAUCACCUGCUAAUGUCAAAAGCGUUUAUGCUGCCAUGGAAGAAGGAGGUCUAAAAGUUGGUGUGAAGUCCUGAAAUCACUAGGAGCCUCAAUUUUGUAAAGGCCUAAUUUAAUUAAGAAACUAGGAAACUAGCUAGGCUCUCGGAUUUCAGAA